AUGACAACUAUUGAUGAUUUAAUUCAAGAACGAGAAAAGGCUCGACAAGAAGCCAAAGAAGAGGGUGAAGAAGCGGAAAAAGCCCUAAAAGAAGAAACCAUUUCAGAAAAUGAUGAAAGUUAUAAAGAGGCUAAAGCAAAAUACCACAAAAAGCGGAACGAAAAAAUUGAGGAGGAAAUUGACAAAAAAAAUGAGCAAGUGCAAAAACUAGAAGAAAAAAUAACGAGAAUGGCCGAAGAAGUAAAAAAUACUAGCGAUCCAACUGAAAAAAAUCGUUUGAUGGUGGCAAUAGAAGCGAGCAAAAAAGAAGUUAAAGAUCUGAAGGGAGAAAUUGGAAAACUUCAAAAAGCCCGAGAAGAAGGCGAUAAAAAAGUUGACGAUAUCUAUCAAGGAUUUGAUGAUACUUUAACGCAGGAGCAACUUCAAUCAAGUAAAAUCAUGGUAAGUCAAACAACUAAUAUUGCUGAAAGUGGGGGUUGCAGCGGUGCUAAAGCUUUUUUUACCCUUGCCUGGUCAGACAACACUAACAAUAACAAAAUUAAUUACAAAGGUUUUACCCUAGAAAUUUCGUUAACUGGCUUUCGCACCAGCGAAGAAUAUGAUGCCGACAAUUAUGAAUCUUACAAAGCAAAGAAAAAAGAAGUAGAUGAGGAAAACAAAAAAAAUAAAAAGGACCAAAAAGAGCAUGCUGAAACCGAAAAACCCCACGACCCCGAGCAAGGAGAAUUUAAAAAAUUAUUUGACGAAAUUCAAGAAAUCAAAAAAGAUAAAACUAAGCCACUGGAAAUAAAAGAGAAAGACAUGCAAGCCAUCAUGGAGAGAAUAGAUGCCAAAAGUAAAGAAGAAAUUGAAAAAAUUAAUGAGCGGGUGCAAAAACAAGAGGAGCAAAAUUUACGGAUCGCCCAAGAAACAGCCGAAGCCAGAAAGAAAGGCGAUAAAGCCUUGGAAAACAAACUUAUUGCUAUUCUCAAUCAGGGAAAAAGAGAAGCCGCCCAAAUAAAUGCUGAAAAGAAAGAGGUUCCAACCAAAGAAUCAUACAAAGACCUUUUAAAAGAAGAGCAAAAUAACUCGCCACAAUUUAACUUCUUAAACUUAGUGGAUAAGCCCCACUGUGUCGGCACUGAAACAACUAAUGGAUUAGCCAAAGAGGGGCAUGCUAAUUGGCAACAUUUAAUGGCUGAUGAUUUACGAAUCAUUAACAAAAGUUUCCGGCAAUUUGACACCCUGGAAAACCGAAAAAUUACUUUGGAUGGUAGCAAAAGUGAGAAAGCAUUUAAUAAGGCCAAAGAAGCCUUAAUUACGCAAUUUGAAACCCUCGAAGCGAAAUGUCAAGAUGAUGUUAGUAAAAGUGAGUUUUUUGGAGGAACUUGUAUCGGUAUUGAUGGAACUCAUAACGUUUUUUUGAAAAAGAUUCAGACCUCUCUAAAACUUUUAGCGAAAGAUUUAAAGCAACUAAAAGCCUUUCAAGAAAAAAAAGAAAAAUUGGGUCAGUUGCAACGCGAGGCUACCCAAUUAUUACAGGAAUGA